AAACUGUCCAACGGGCGGCGUCCAUCCGAGUUCUCCAUGCUGGCUGCCCAAUCCAUUGCACGCGGGUUUCGUAUCCACUGUGCUCACACAGGAAUGGCGCACCUGCACAACAGUGUGGUCGCGGUUCACGGCGCUUUGACCUCAGCCACGUGCAUCAUCGACGGACGAUGGGUUCUCAAGGUCACGGACUACGGCAUCCGCAAGUUCUACUACCUCAACAACCGCUUUCCUGAGAGAACUGCCGCCGGUACGUUGGCCCUCCGUCCCCUCCAAUUUACGACUUUACAACCGACAAACCUCUCGGUGUUGUGCCUCCUAGAGAAACUUGACCCGGUGCUGGGGCUAAUGGGAACUCGCCAGGCCGACGUCUACUCCGCGGCGAUCAUCAUGCACGAGACCCUCUGCCGCUGCGCGCCGUUUGGCGUGGCGUCCGACGACGAGACGGUGGAGGCGGUGGUGGAGAAAGUCGCCCUGGCCACGCCACCUCUUCGUCCACGCGUAAGCCAUCUUCGCCGAAUUUUCAGCACACACCACUCGAGUAAAACCGCUGCCCCCCGCUGUGCUCUGACUGGUUGGGAUGAGGCUUUCGCAGAAGUGACCAUCUCGUUCAGCGACAUCGUCGGCUUCACCAAGAUUUCGGCAAGGUCCACUCCCCUGCAGAUUGUCAACUUGCUCAACGACCUCUAUUCCACCUUCGAUGACAUGAUUCAAACCUUCGACGUCUACAAGGUGUGCCGCCUCUGCGAUAUUCCCUUAAUACCUCAAAUUAAGACAAGGCAUUAUUGGCACACAUUGAAAGGUGGCUCCCCUGCCUUUGCAGGUCCAUGCGUCGCUGGCGUGAUUGGCUUGACGAUGCCCCGGUACUGCUUGUUCGGUGAUACCGUCAACACGGCGUCCAGAAUGGAGUCGACUAGCACAGGUGUGUCUGAUUUACACUCUCGCCCAGCACCUCUCACCGACUUCCCUGUGCUUGUAAAUGACCACAGAAACGUAGGCAAGCUACUUCGGUGCUGGUCUUCCGACGACCCCCUUCAUUUACAAUAA